AUGAAUGCAUUGAUGGAAAACUAUAGAGAAAAACAGAGAGAAGCAGAAUUGAAGGCUGCUAUAGAUGCUGGCUUCCGGCAUAUUGACACUGCAUAUGUGUACGAAGUGGAAGAGGAGGUAGGGCGGGCCAUUCGAAGCAAGAUUGAAGAGGGCACUGUGAAGAGAGAAGACAUAUUCCUCACCUCAAAGGUCUGGUCCACAUUCAAUGGACCAGAGCUAGUCCGGCCUUGUCUGGAAAGAUCACUGAAGAAACUACAGUUGGAUUAUGUGGAUCUUUACCUUAUUCAUUUACCAACUUCAUUGAAGCAUGGAGAAGAAGUCUUUCUGAAAGAUGAGCAUGGAAAAUUCAUAUUUGACACAGUGGAUCUCUGUGACACAUGGGAGGAGUGA